CGUGCUUCGUGUCAUUUCGCUUUUUUCUUCAUAUCAGUUCAUUAUUGUGUGUCUGGAAUUGUUCAAAUGGUCGUGGAUUUGAGAUUGACCGCUUUUAGCUGCAUGAAACGAUCGGAAAUGCAAAGUUUAUUGUGCUUGUUUGUUUGUGUCUCAAUGUUGACAGUCUCCCGAUGCGCCCACAGCAGAUUUGCUCGGAAACUCCUCAAUGAUCUGUUUGACAACUACACGAGCGCUCUGAGGCCGGUGGAGGACACGGAGGCCGUUCUUAAUGUCACCCUGCAGGUCACGCUCUCGCAAAUCAUCGACAUGGAUGAGCGAAAUCAAAUACUGACGGCCUACUUGUGGAUACGACGAGCGUGGCGCGACGCGCAUCUCAAAUGGAGUAAGGAGGACUACGAUGGCCUUGAUACCAUCCGUAUACCUAGCAGUUAUGUAUGGAGACCUGAUAUAGUCCUAUAUAACAACGCCGACGACCACUUCACGGGCCCCAUGGAUACCAACGUGGUGAUCCGCCACGACGGCCGGAUCACGUGGGACUCGCCGGCGAUCACCAAGAGCUCCUGUAAGGUGGACGUGUCCUUCUUUCCCUUUGACGCGCAGCAGUGCAGGUUCACCUACGGCUCGUGGACCUACAACGGCAACCAGCUGGACAUCCUCAACGCCAUGGAGAGCGCCGACCUGGCCGACCUGGUGGACAACGUGGAGUGGCAAGUCCUGGGUAUGGCGGCCAAAAGGAACAUCGUCUUGUACGGCUGCUGCGCCGACCCUUACCCCGACGUCACCUUCACGCUGAAACUCAAGAGGAGGGCCUCCUUCUACGUCUUCAACCUGCUGAUACCCUGCGUGAUGAUCUCCUUCCUGGCUCCGCUGGGCUUCUACCUGCCUGCGGACUCGGGAGAAAAAGUGUCUUUGGGCGUCACCGUGAUGCUGGCGCUGACCGUCUUUCAACUGCUGGUCGCCGAGAUUAUGCCACCAUCGGAGAAUGUACCGCUCAUCGGUAGGGGUGAAAGCUCAAUCCGUCACCGCUAUUACCGAGAGGAAAAAGAAGACUUGGAUGGGUCGUUGGGGGUGAAGCACACCGAUUGUUACAGCCCCCGGCAGAACGCCGCCGUCGUCAGCAUGGACGACGACGACGACCUGGGCCGUGCGAGGAGAUGCCGCAAAGGGGGCGUGAGCGAGAGGCGGGCCUCUCGUGGGCCGCCCUGCGACGAGAGGCGUCUGCUCUUGCCGAAUGUGGAGUACAUCGCCAACUGCUACAGGGAGCAACGGGCCACUCAAAAGAGGACUGGCGAGUGGAAGAAGGUGGCCAAGGUACUGGACCGCUUCUUCAUGUGGUCCUUCUUCAUCAUGGUCUUCUUCAUGAGUCUUCUCAUCAUGGGCAAAGCCGUCUGACACCUCGCCCGUCGGUUCAGUGGAGUCGUGCUCGACAUCAGCGCGUUACGGGGGCACCAAAUGUUGUAGUCCGUGCGUAGCAUACCAUUUGAAUAUCUGUUCCAUUAAAAUGUAGUCACUUG